GUCUUGGGCAUUUGCAGCAUUUGUACAUCGCUGUGUGCGGCGAACGGUUGUGGUAGUCGGACCGAAACCCCACGGGGUGGGAAAUUAGGGGCUCAAACAUGAAGCUGGUUGCCGUUUUGGCGAUCGCGAUCUUCAGCGCCUCCGUGCCCGCGUCAGGUUUCAGGAUGAUACAGCGCUUCAACAUGAGACCGCCCGGCAAGGGCGGAAUGGGCGGAAUGGGUGGAAUGGGUGGCGGAGGUCCCUUCGAGCCGACUGACUUCGAGGGCGACUUCACGCAGUCCAUGCGGAAGCUGCAGAGACAAGUGCUCAGGAGUCACAACCGCUACAGGCGCCUGCACGGUGUGCACACUCUCAAGGAGGACGAGGAGUUGAAUCGCUACGCCCAAGCCUGGGCCUUGAUGCUUGCCCAAAGAGACCGCAUGGAGCACAGGACCAAGCCGAUACACGGAGAAAACCUCUUCAUGUCGUGGAGCAGCAACUUGGAGGCACCCAUCACGGGAAGCAUGGCCGUGAAGGCGUGGUACGACGAGAUCAAGGACUACGACUACAACAACCCGACCUUCAAGUCCGGCACGGGCCACUUCACGCAGGUCGUGUGGAAGAACUGCCGUCGCCUGGGCACGGGCAUCGCCCGCGGCCGGAAGGGCACCAUCUACAUCGUGUCCGUCUACGAUCCGCGAGGAAACAUCAUGGGCCAGUUCGGCAGCCAAGUCACCCGGCCCAACGCCGGCGGCGGCGGCGGAGGUAAAGGCGGCCACAAGAAACGAAGGCGCCAGCAGCAGCAGGACGACUACUGAACCAGGAACGACGCCGACGUGCCCCCGGACCAGGGGUUCCGGGGGGUAUUCCGUAGCAGUCCACCUUAGUGGACUGUCCACUUCGGCCGCUGCUGAUUGGCUGGGGCCGCUCGUCUCCUCCUCGCUCGUAACAGCUGCAUCCAAUCAGCAGUGGCCGGAAUGGACGGUCCGCUAGGUGGAGUCCCACAGAAUACCGCCCCAGAGCGAGAAGGGGUACGGUCGCGGCGUUCGACGUCGAUGGAGCCGAUAUUUUGGCUCCACUUUACGACGUCUGUUCUCCACAAACGACCCAGUGGCAAGUCUCGCUCGCGGAACGAAAAAUACAUAUCAAUAUAAAAUUAAA